ACGCAGUCCAAUAUCCAGGAGCUGGUCAUCGAAAUGCACGGCAAUCAGUCUACUAUGGAGAAACGUGUGAAUAAAAUCGAGGAGAAACUAGCUCAACUACAGCUCAACCUUGACAGCCUCCCAGAGCUCAUCGCCAAAUCGGUGACGUCAGCCGCAGCCGCCAGCCGACCGGAAAAGACGGAGAUGCGCAUGCCCCUUGCCCGGCCCCUGUCGGACUUCACGGGUCUCCGGCGCACCACCAACCCGAGACAGAGGCGCCCAUUCCAGCAACAGUUCUCCCUGCGGGAGAUGCCUAUCUACGACCGUCACAGCCUCACGGGUCAGCCCAACAGAGAGGAGGUAGACCCGGACUUACAAGCCGCUGAUCCGGACUCUAUUGCAUGAACUAAAGGGAUUUAGCGCAAAACCCCCUGAUGGAAACCUACAGAUCCCCUCCCCCCACCUACCCCCUCCGUCUCCCCCGGACUCCCCUCGACUCCCCCCAACUCUCCUCUCCGUCCCUCACCCAACCUCCAAAGGUCAAGGUCUCGUGUAGGACGUAUAGAGGAGGAAGUAUCGUGGGGUUACUGAGGCCGCCAAAGGGAGUGAACUGCCUGGCGCAAAGAGAUUAUAUAUAUAUAUAUAUAUAUAUAUAUAUAUAUAUAUAUAUAUAUAGUAAUAGAGCUCUGGGCAAUGACGUCACCCAUGGAAAGGAGGAAGCGAUGCGUAUGCCCCCUCUGUUACGCAGAUCGUUGAGGACCAGAACAUUUUACUUUAGGUAGAUGAGUACUGUUUGAGACUGACGAAGAGACGUCUUGGUGAUCUUGAGAGGAGAUCUGCUGCAAGCUUGCACUGACUUGCUGGGGACAGGACGGUGUUUAACAUACUACAGCUCGGGGGGAGUCGAGGUAAUAUCUCAGCUUGUUCAUGGUAAUGCGGGUGAGGGGGGGGGAGGGAGUGGGCGAAGCGCCGGCCGUGGGGUUGAGGACAAAAAAGCCUCCAUGUCUGAUACGCGUGACGUCACUGCCAGGAGCUCUAGUGCUACAUCUAACACCUUCGGCCUCGCGUCACUGAGGUCCUGGGGAGAGAACUGCGAGACUGCCGCUUCUCCCACUCGUUCUGGGCGUUGCCCGUACGGCAUAAGCAACUAACUGUGACAUCAGAGCAGAAUAUGUAACAGAAAUACACACGGGUUUAUAGAGGUACACCCAACAGGCGCCAAACUCCCAAAUACCUGUCUAGUUGCGCUGUUGAGGCUGAGAGGUGAGCAGAGUAAGCCUGAUUCCCCGUUUGGACUUCUCUGUUGACAUCCACCACUUGGCGUUCAUAUGACAUGAUGCAGUUGCGAGCGCCGUAAAACCUUACUUAACUAAAACUAAACACUGUUUCGUCAAAACAAGAUGACGUCAUCUCGCCGCAGGUCGAAACUGUCCAAGACGGCCAGCUAGUGUGGAGGAGAAAAUAUGUUGUCUUAGACAGGUCGACCUUUUGGACAUGUCAUUAUAAGGUUGAAAAAUAUUCUGAGCGUUCAGUAGUGGGAAGUGACUGUUUGUGAAAGGAUUGUGAGGUAGCGUGGUGGAAUCAGGCUCUCGUCAAUUUUUGAGCUUAUAGAGUUAUUGGUAUCAUCUUAAAGC